GAAGAUGUUUCUCGACCCCCCCAGCCCCCCAUGUCUGUGGUGAAGUCGAUUGAACUAGUACUGCCCAAGGAUACCAUCUAUCUGGCCGGCUCCAGCCUAAAUGGGCAGGUGAUUCUAACCCUGAACAGCACCCUGGUAGACCCCAUAGUGAAGGUGGAACUCGUGGGAAGGGGCUACGUCGAGUGGAAUGAAGAAACCGGGGCAUCCCUCGAUUAUAGCAGAGAUGUGAUUUGCAUCAACCAGGCCGACUAUAUGCAUAAAACAAAGACAUUUCCAGUGCAGGAUAAUUGGUUAAGUGCGGGCAGUCACAAGUUUGACUUCCAUUUCAACUUACCUCCCAGGCUUCCUUCUACCUUCACCAGCAAAAUUGGCCGCGUCUUCUACUACGUACAGGCUUCCUGCAUGGGCAGGGAGCUCAUUUUAGCCAAGAAGAGGUUAUAUUUAUUGAUUCAAGGAACUUCGAAUUUCCACAAAGAAAACCUGUUCCAGAACCCUCUGUUGGUUGAGGCUGAGAAGAGGAUCUCGUAUAAUUGCUGCAGCCAGGGCACCAUCCACCUGCAGAUCCACAUGGAAAAGAACAUCUUUACACCUGGGGACAGGGUCAUUUUCACGACGGAGAUCAACAACCAGACCAGCAAGUGCAUCAAGACGGUCCUCUUCGCCCUCUACGCCCACGUGCAAUACCAAGGCUUCACGCCCAGUACUGAGCGGCGGACAUGCACGGAGAGCAGCGAGCUGCUGCGUCAGGAGGCCCACACCCACAUCGCACCCUUCGACACCACCAAGGUCAUCAGCACCUUCUACCUGCCCCUGGUGCUGUCGGUGAGCAGCAGCGGCCACCAGCAGGACACAGAGAUCAUGAGUACGCAGUAUGAGCUGGUCAUCACCAUCCACCUGCCCUGGUCCCUGACCACGGUGAAGGCCAAAGUUCCCAUUAUCAUCACCAGCUCAUCGAUGGACUCA